AUGUCUUCUCUGACGGCUGCUCAGGCAGGAGGACCCGUUCCCAGCAGCCAGGGCAUCUGCUGUCCGAACGGAGGCGACGGAAGAGGAGAGGCACGAAUCAUAACUAUUACCCCACCUGGCUUCCCCCCCUCCCGGGAAGAAAGGAGCAGGGCUUGGGGGGGGGGCGGAAGGGGGAGAAAGAGAAAGAGAGAGAGAGAGAAACAACAACAACCGUCGUCUCCUUCUGCCUGCUGGAGAGCAGAGGAGAAGAGAUGGCCGACGUGCGGAGGCUGGUCCUCCUGGUCUCGGUGGCUUUCAUUUGCCCAACGACUCCUCCUUGGCCUUGGCAAAGCAGGGGUGGCGGCAGCAGCAGCAGCGAGGGCGGCCUCCUCGGCUCCAGGCCCAGCCACAGGGUUUUCUCCUUCAGGACGGGAACCGGAGCCUUGCAUCCCUCGGCCUUUGGCGCCUGGGAAACGGAACUCGAGGUGCUGGAAGGAGGCAGCCGGGAUCCCUGGGAGGACAGAGCGCUGCUGCUCCGCAGAGCGAGCCUGCACGCAACUCCGCCGGCCCCAAGCGCCGCAUGGCGGGAGAGCCCCGUGGCAUGAAGGGCAGCGGGAGAGGAAAGGGCUCAGCCGCGGAAGGGAAGUGAACCUGCCCCCGGGACCCCUGCACCGCGUGGAAGGCUCAUCCGUCUCGAUCCCUUGCAACGUCUCGGAGUACGAGGGCCCCACCCUCCAGCACUUCGAGUGGUUCGUGUACCGCCCUUCGGCCCCCGACAUCGCCAUCGGAGUGGUCAGCACCCGGGACCCCAAGUUCCCCUACGCCGUCUUCGGGCCCCGGGUGCAGGCGGGGAACGUCUCCAUCCAUCGGGUGCAGGGCGACGCCGUGGAGCUGCGGAUCCAGCGGCUGCGCGUGGAGGACGGGGGCGUCUAUGAGUGCUACACCCCCACCACCGAUUCCAAGUACCACGGCAGCUACAGCGGCAAGGUGGAGCUGAGAGUGAUCCCCAACAAGCUCUCUGUGUCGGCUUCUCCUCCUCCUCACCAGGUGAGGAUCCCUUUACGGGCCCGAGGGCCCGUUUCUGUCUUCCCACCCUGGGUCACCCUCAUGGAGAGCCAGGACCUGCAGCUGACCUGCGUGGCAUCCAGCGAGACCCAGCAGCACACCCACCUCUCCGUUUCCUUUGGCUUGUCGGCUUCCGAGGACCGCCAGACGCUGCAGGAGGUGAUUGGGACACGGAGAGAUUUCACCGUGGAGGCCGGCGGGCGUUUCACCGAGCGGCUCAGAGCCCAGGAGUUGUCGCUGGCCAAGCUGGGUGACCGGGAGUAUCGGAUGGCCCUGGGGUGGCUGAGGCCGGAAGACAGCGGGACGUAUUACUGCACGGUGGGCGAGUGGAUCCAGGAUCCAGAUGGCAGCUGGCAGCAGAUCACAGAGAAGCAGGUGCUGCUGGCCCAGGUCUCCGUCCAGACCCUCGCUAGCCAGCUGGCUGUCUCCGCCAGUCCCGCUAAAGUCGGCAUCGCCUCCGGAGAAGCCCUGGAGCUCUUCUGCAAGGCCCCCGGGGUCCGGGCGGCCCCCUUGCCUCACGCUGCCUAUUCGGUCGCCUGGGAAAGGAGCCGGGACGUCGCUGAGGAAGGCCGCCUGGUGGCCCAGCUGGACCUGGACGGAACCGUCCUCCUCGGGGAGAGCUACGCCAACCGCGACGUGGGCGACCGGCACGUCUCCCUGCAGAAGCUGGCCUCCCCGCCGGACUCCUACCGGCUGCGCAUAGAGUCGGCCCAGCCGGGGGAUGCGGGCGCUUAUCGCUGCGUGGUGCGGGCGUUUGUGCGUUCUCCGAGCUCGGAGUUGCACGAAGUGGCCAGCGGCCGGUCUGAGGCGUUGACGGUGGACAUGAAAUCGGAGGCCGUGGUCCUCGAUGCCCGGGCGUGGCUUCCCUUUCCAACCAUCUACCGUGGCGACAUGGCCGAAGUGCUCUGCAACGUCUCCGUGGAUUCCGUCCAGCCUGUUCACCUGGCGCUCAGCUGGUGGGCAGAGAUGCCCCAGGAGGGUUUGGAGAGACGCGGUGCCCUGUUGGCCACCGUCAGCCGCGAGGGCGUGGCAGACCUCGGGACCCGGCUGUCGGGAGGCGCCGUGAGCGUGGACAAGGUUGGGCCGCUGAGCCACCGGUUGCGCAUCCACGGAGUGCAGCCGUCGGACGAGGGGCAGUACCACUGCGCGGUGACGGCCUGGGUGCGCUAUCCCGAUGGCAGCUGGUACCAGGCUGGAUCCGUGAAGUCCAACGUGGUCACCGUGUACCCGUACGCCCUGCGCCUGGACACCUUGUUCCUCCCGCUCGUGGUGGGUGCCUCCAGCGCCCUCUUCGUGGCCGUCACCAUCCUGGCCACGGUCACCUGUUGCUUCAUGAAGAGGCUGCGCAAGAGGUACUUGGUGUCCUCAGACAUUCAGGCGCUUCCACCCACAUCUGCGACUGAAUUGUGGAGAAUCCCCCAAACGCGGAAGACUCGGUGGAUUUCUCACGGCAAGCCUACGACCGACCGGCAGCUGGCACGGAGGAGGAAAGCCGCGCUGACACCGUGGGCAGGAGGAGGAGGAGGUUUGUGCCUCUGUUCCCUCUUGAAUCUUGCCUCUGCCGGGAAGAUCCUCCACUCCGCCCGCCCUGCAGCCGCCUCGCGGCGAGCCCCCCACGUUGCCUCCCAUCCCUGGGCGCAGGAGAUCUGCAUGCCGCCGGGGAUCAGCUGCCCGGCCACGCCUGCUCCCUGA